AUUCGUUACAAAUUUAUGUCCUUUUAUAAAACUGCGAUUUAUAAUUUUUUGGCCACAAAAAGGAAGAAGACAAGAAAAUUAAGAGGACACGUGAGUCACGGACACGGUCGAGUUGGAAAACACAGGAAGCAUCCUGGUGGUCGAGGUAAUGCUGGUGGUUUGCUGCAUCACCGAAUAAACUUCGAUAAAUACCAUCCUGGAUAUUUUGGUAAAGUUGGUAUGCGGCAUUACCAUUUAUUAAAACACCAUUAUUAUUGCCCAAUCAUCAAUAUAGACUCAUUGUGGAAUUUGGUCCCAGAAAACAUCCGAACUAAUUAUAUGACACGUCGGCGUGACAAAAGAGCAGCAGUUAUUGAUUGUGUAAAACAUGGUUAUUUUAAAGUACUUGGUAAGGGAGAAAUUCCUAAAGCCCCAGUUAUUGUGAAAGCUAAGUUUUUCAGUAAACUAGCUGAACAGAAAAUCAAGGCUGCUGGUGGAGCUUGUCUUCUUGUUCCAUGAGCACUCAGUUUGAGUUCAGAGUAAUAAAUGUCUUAAAAAGUA